CGUUACAACGUCAAGUUCAGCGUGCGGAGAUUUUUGUGCGUCGUCGUCGCCGUCGUCGUUUACAAUUGUUUUGUUACUCUGCGCGUCGUCGUUGUCGUUAUCGUCGUUUCUUUUGUGGUCGUCCCACAGAAAGUUUGCUACUUGCAGAAGUGCCGUUAAAGGCUCGAAGGCGGCAAAUUAAAAACAAACAAAUUUAUAUUUGUUUGCGUUUUUUGGGCGAAAAAAUUAAAAGUGCUCUAAGCCAUAUCGGGUUUACAGAAAAUGUGCAUAACUUAAACAAAAUCAGUGCACAAAUAAUAAUAAAAAUAAAAGUUUUACGCAAAAUAUAACAAAAAAUACUAAAGCAAACAAUAAGAAAGAAAAUAAGGUGAAGGAAAUUAACACGCAAAAAAAAAAAAAGAAGUAGUUUUUUGUGCUAAACCCCCCUUCGCCGCGCGGAAGUAUAAAAAAAGGCGGGCAAAAUUUACUACAAUAUCAGCUACAACAACAACAACAUCCAACCGAACGGCAACAGAAUGCUAUUCGAGAAUCCAGCCGUCGCGGCCAAGCUGCCGUUUCCAUACAAUGUGCCGCCGCCUCUGCAAGCGGCGGCCGCUGCUGCCGCAGCUGUGCCAAAUUUAAGGUUUCAGACACCAAUAAAAGCGUUUGCCUGCCUGACAGCCACAAGGUUAGUAUCUUUUGAUAAGCCCAAUUCCACAGCAGCUCGUAUGGGCAAUCCGAUUGAUAAUGCUGCCGCCGCAGCAGCCGCUGCCGCUGCCGGCCUAAUUGAUCCGCAUCACAAUCGCGAUCUUCACAAUGCGCUGGUCGCCUCCAUAGCCAACAGCAAUGUGGCUGCCAUUAACGGUACAUUGACCACAGCCGCGGUGCUUAAGAGCGCCGCUGCUGCCCAAGCCCAAGCACAGGCCCAGGCACAGGCGCAGGUGCAGGUGCAGCAAACACAGCAACAAAGCGCUGCCGCUGCCGCCGCCGCCGCAGCCGUCGGGCAGGCCCAACAGCAGCCCACAGCUGGACAGGAUCAGGCCAAUGCACAGACCAAUGGCAGCCAACAGCAGGCGACUGCACAACAGCAGCAGCAACAACAGCAACAACAACAACAACAACAGGCGGCUCAACAGGCCGCCUUGGCGCUUCUGAAGGUGGAUAAUGUGAAUGGAGCCGCUGCACAAAAUGGCAGCGGUGCCAAUUUGAGCAUCAAGAGCAGCUCCUCGGGCCGCUCCACGCCCAGCAAUAGCGGUGGCAGCCUCUCAGAUCCAGCACCCGGCAAACUUUUUGUCGGCGGCCUCAGCUGGCAGACAUCCUCAGAGAAGCUAAAGGAAUAUUUCAACAUGUUUGGCACCGUUACAGAUGUGCUCAUUAUGAAGGAUCCGGUCACUCAGCGCAGUCGCGGCUUUGGCUUCAUCACAUUCCAAGAACCCUGCACCGUGGACAAGGUGCUGAAGGUACCCAUACACACACUGGACGGCAAGAAGAUCGAUCCCAAACAUGCCACGCCCAAGAAUCGACCACGCCAGGCCAAUAAGACCAAAAAGAUAUUUGUGGGCGGCGUCUCACAGGACACCUCCGCCGAAGAGGUGAAAGCCUACUUCAGUCAAUUUGGCGCCGUCGAGGAAACGGUCAUGCUAAUGGAUCAGCAAACGAAACGCCAUCGCGGCUUUGGUUUUGUCACCUUCGAGAACGAGGAUGUUGUGGAUCGCGUCUGUGAGAUACAUUUCCAUACCAUCAAGAACAAGAAGGUCGAAUGCAAGAAGGCGCAACCCAAAGAGGCUGUCACACCCGCCGCCCAGCUGCUACAGAAGCGCAUCAUGCUGGGCACCCUCGGCGUACAGCUGCCAACGGCACCGGGUCAGCUAUUGGGUGCACGAGGCGCUGGCGUUGCCUCCAUGAAUCCAUUGGCCAUGCUGCAGACACCAACACAGCUGCUGCAAUCGCCAGCGGCUGCAGCAGCCGCACAGGCGCAGGCGGCGCUCAUAUCACAGAAUCCGUUUCAAGUACAAAACGCAGCCGCCGCUGCCACAAUGGCCGCUAAUCAGAGCAACUUUGGCAAGCUGCUUGCCUCAUAUCCGCAGACAGCGCUGCACGGCGUCAGAUAUGCACCGUACACCAUACCCGCCAGCGCCGCCACUGCCAAUGCCGCAUUGAUGCAGGCACAUCAGGCACAGAACGCCGCCGUGGCCGCCCAUCAGCAGCAGCAGUCGCAUAAUGCGGCGCAUGCACAUGCCGCUGCCGCCGCCGCCGCUGCCGCCGGUCUGCAUCAGCAGCAUCAUCAUCAUCAUCAGCAGCAUCAGCAACAACAGCAGCAGCAGCAGCAGCAACAACAGCAGCAGCAACAUCACGCUGCCGCCGUUGCAGCCGCUGCCACCAACAAUGCUGCCUCACAGGCCCAUUCGGCGGCCGCCGCCGCCGCUUUGGCUGCCAAUGCGGCAAAUGGGGCGGGCGCCAAUGCCCAUUCGCUGGCCGCCGCCCAACAGGCGGCACUCGUCGCCGGCAAUCCAUUGAAUGCAGCAGCUGCCGCCGCUGCAGCAGCAGCUGGCAAUCCGGCUGCCGGCUAUCCCAAUUAUGCGCUGGCCAAUGUGGACAUGUCCAGUUUCCAGGGUGUCGACUGGAGCAGCAUGUAUGGCAUGGGCAUGUAUGUCUAAGCAGUGCUUGCCGCUAACCACCCACCCCCACCCCCCUGACACUAUCUAUCUAUCUAUCUCUUUUUAACUUUCUUUGUAAUUUGCAUACAAUUAUACACACACACACACACAUACUCUCUCUCACACACACUUACACAAAUCUCAUGACACCACAAAAUUUGGUUAACCUUGGUUUGACUUGGUUUAACUUAGUUCUUAGUGCCACACACACACACCCUCCUAUACACACACACACGCCCACACACAUAAUUCACAGCAUAUUAAGUAUUAUAUUUAAGGCUCUAGCCACGCCCCAACGCGUUCUAUAAUAAUAACAAUAAACAUGAUAAGCAAUAUAACAACAACAAGAGCAGCCCGCGAGGCAAAGCUGCGACUAAGCAGAGCAAAUAAAAAGAAAAACAAGAAGUUUAUAAAAAAUUAAUGAAAAAACAUUAAACCAAAAAUUACGAAAAAAAAAACACAUUAAAAAAAAAAAACAAUUUAAAAAAACCACCGAUUGUGAUUGCGUUUAUUUGUAGCAGUUUAUAUAAUUUUUAGUGCAUAAAACUAAAUAUAACUAAAACGUAAAAAAAAAUAUAAAAACUAUUCUAUAAAAGCAUCAACUAAAUUAUAUAUAUAUAUAAAAGAAAA